UCUCUCUCUCUCUCUCUCUCUCUCUCUCUCUCUCUCGCUCUAAGGUUACUACGUUGUUGUGUCUGUUUGUGUUUGGAACCAACUUGAUGGCUGUGCAAGAUAUGGAGGUUUCGGACGCAAGCGUCACGAACGGAAACACCAACACAAGCUCCACGACCACCUCUUCUCCGCAGUCUCUCUCGCCCACUUCAUCAUCUUCUCCUCCGCCGCCUCCUCCGACGCCGGUCAUAAUAAGCCCUUGCGCGGCCUGCAAGAUCCUGAGAAGAAGGUGCGCCGUCGAGAAGUGCGUGCUGGCGCCCUAUUUCCCUCCCACCGAGCCCGCCAAGUUCACCAUCGCUCAUCGCGUCUUCGGGGCGAGCAACAUCAUCAAGCUCUUGCAGGACCUUCCAGAAUCGCAGCGAGCCGACGCGGUGAGUAGCAUGGUGUACGAGGCCGGGGCGAGGAUUAGAGACCCCGUCUACGGCUGUGCAGGCGCGAUCUGCCAGCUCCAGAAGCAAGUGAGCGAGCUCCAGGCUCAACUGGCCAAGGCCCAAGCCGAGAUCCUCACCAUGCAGCACCAGCAAACCAAUCUAGUGGCCCUACUGUGCAUGGAGAUGGCUCAGUCGGCCUCUCAGCCGCCCGCGCAACAAUUCGUCGACAAUCUAAUCGUCGCCAGUCCAGCCAUCUACCCAACCAGCAACAACACAAGCCCAUUCCUGGACGAGACCAACGCCAUGGGGUCCAUGUGGGAGCCCCUUUGGACAUGAUCGGAUCGAACCUUUUGGGGGUUUUUCAACGGUUACAAUGAUAUGGCCAGUCCUUUUUAGCUCCUAGAAAUCUUUGAGGAUGUUUCCUAUCGAAAUUCUCCUAACUCAUGUGGCUAAAAUAUAGCUCAAGAAGAGAAGGAGAGACGAAUAAAGCUAAUUCGGAGUUAUUUCCUAGUUAGGUACAGGGGUUUACUAAGUGUACUAGAGAAAUUAGCCUAUAUUUAAAGGUAUGAACAGAAGAAUUUGAGAGGGAGAGGAGGAGGAAGUUAGUUAGGAUCAAAUUGAUCGCUUUGUUAAAAAGCUUGACAAAGUAGAUAGGGUCCUGUUCCUCCUGACAGAGAUGUGUCGAUGUAAUGUUGGAGAGGGGGAAAUUCUAAUUAUUGAAUCUCGAGCCACUUUCUGGUGACCUACCACUA